CGCAGAUUAGCCAAAUAAAAGCAGCAUUUCUUCCAUCAUUUUUGACAGGUAAAAAUCAGAAUAUCUUUGCAUUUGGUUAGUAAUGGGGGGAGUGACAGCAGCCCCCCUCAUGUGCUCUGCUGGCAGGAGCCAGACCAGUUUUGGGUGUUGGGAUGUGUGCCUCUGCUCUGACUAAUGGGGGUGUAACAGCAGAUCUGCUGGAAGAGGAGCCAGGUGGGUUUCUACUGUAGCAUCUGUGCCCCUGCUCUGACCUCUACUUUCCCCCCACUUUGGCCAUCUAUAAGCAGAGGUCCACACAGGUAAAAGGUCUGCUUCUUCUGGCAAUGUCUUUGCACACAUCACCCGGGUCCAGAUUAUCUGGAACAGGCCAGGCCAGUCUUAUAAAUUACAGUAGAUGUCACUUCCUUGAGGAAACGCCUUGUUGGAUUAUUAACCAUUUAUUGCCCGGAGCAAGGUAAAGGGCAGGCGGAUCCACUUGAAAGGCGGAGGUUUCCAUAGUAAAGUCAGCAGGGAUGGGUGUUCCAACCUUCCCAUUGUGGACGAUGUGAUGAGACUUGGACGACGAUAUGGCGGAUGAAGCAUGCCGGACACGGAGUCAAAAGAGAGCGCUGGAGAGAGAGGUGACAGAGAAUGACACUGACAACAAGAAGUUAAAACUGGAGAAGGGGCUGUUGGAUGGGGAUCUCAUGAUGAAGGCAGAAUCUGGAUCUGACGGUAUGCCGGGACUUCUCAAAAGUGGAGAGGUGAAGGCCACUAUUAAAGUGGAGGUACCAACGGGAGAAGAACCAAUGGAUAUGAGCACCUCAAAGAGCGAAAUGAAGAGAGAGAAGAGGUCUCCCUCUCCAGACGUGAUAGUUUUGUCUGAUAAUGAACCUUCGAGUCCACGGAUGAAUGGCUUAAAGCCAGCAAAGGAGCCCGAUUCUGAAACAUUUUUGCUAAUACAGAGAAGCAGCCCUGAAGAAAGAGAGCGAUUGAUCAAGCAACUAAAAGAAGAAUUACGGCUAGAAGAAGCUAAACUGGUGCUACUCAAAAAACUCCGCCAGAGUCAGAUCCAGAAAGAGACUGCGCCACAAAAGGUACCAUCCCGUAUUGGUGGCACUGUUAUCCCUCCUCCCUUAGUACGGGGUGGCCAACAGGCACCAACCAAGCAAUCUACACAGAUAGUUAUGCCACCACUUGUGAGAGGAGCGCAGCCCAUUUCGGUGUCUCCUCAGCAGAUGCACAAUAUCAGACAACAUCCAAGUACAGGCCCACCUCCAUUACUACUUGCUCCUCGAGCAUCAGUGCCCAGUGUUCAGAUGCAAGGUCAGAGGAUCAUUCAACAGGGUCUGAUUCGGGUGGCAAAUGUGGCAAACACAAGCUUGCUGGUCAACAUACCGCAGGCGUCCCCAACUUCUUUGAAAAGCUCAGCUGGAACAACCGGAAAUACCACCAGCAUCUCAAUCGGUAAUGCUAAUGACUCUCCUGCCAGCCGGCAAGCAGCUGCCAAGCUUGCCCUACGUAAGCAAUUGGAAAAAACCUUGCUGGAGAUUCCACCACCCAAACCACCUGCUCCAGAACUUAACUUCCUUCCAAGUGCAGCCAAUAAUGAGUUCAUCUAUCUAGUAGGACUGGAGGAAGUAGUGCAGAACCUGCUGGAGACUCAAGGUAAAACUGUGCCACAACCUGCAUCUCAUGAGCCUUAUAGUUGUGCCCAGUGCAAGACUGACUUCACCAGCCGCUGGAGGCAGGAAAAGAAUGGGACCAUCAUGUGUGAUGUUUGUAUGACUUCUAACCAAAAGAAGGCCCUGAAAGCUGAGCACACUAACCGACUGAAGGCUGCCUUUGUCAAAGCUCUGCAGCAAGAGCAGGAGAUUGAGCAACGAAUACUGCAGCAGAGCUCUUCCCCUCACAUUAAGUCAGAACAUUCUGUUCAACAUCACUCUCUAAAACAGAGCCCCACACCAAUAUCCCGUGGAUUAUCAGGGACCACCCGGGGUGUGCUGCAUACGUUCCCACCUACGACCAAGCUGCCUAAUGCAGCCACAAUUGCCAACCGAUCGGUAAAACCCGGAGAGCGUCCUAUGAACAAAACUAAUCUGGUAUCUGGAAACUGGAAGAAAUCUCCAAUUAAUGCAGGUUUGUACAUCGGACAGACUUCUAGUCAGAGAGUCAUAGCGACACAACAAUCAAAGAAACAAUCAGUGGAGAUGCACAGGGGAGGGACUUUAGCAUUUGUGAACCCUGGCCUCACUGUGCAUAAGUCAGCAGCUGUGGACCGCCAACGGGAAUACCUCCUAGAUAUGAUUCCUUCUCGCUCAAUCACCCAGUCCUCUACGUGGAAAUAAUGAAUGCAUCCUUCAGCAAUGACAGAAAUAAAGACAAAAAAAAAAAUAAUUAACGCAAACUUUGAGAACAUGAAAAAGCAAGAAAGGACUCUUUCCGGAUAGCCCUUUCCCUAACAGAAGAGGAAGGAUGAUCCUUUCUCAUCACUUUUCCUUCUUUGCCAUUUUCUACUACACAUGGAAAGCUCUGUAGUACCCUGCAGAUGAGGUGUCUGUUGUGCUUUCUUCCAGAAAGAGGAGUGCACAAGAAAAAGGAAGCCACUUCAUUCCCCCACCUCCCCGUCACAUUUUCAUCAAAACUGGCAUGAUGUCUUAUACUACAGUUCGCCAUCCUCCAGAUACAUACUUUUCUGCAUUCAGGUCUAAUUUUCCUUAAAUAAACUAUAAUUCCCUCUACUAAGGCAUCAGAGUUUUUUCCAAGGUGUGUUUUGAAGAUGUAACUGGAUUUUUUUUAAAAUAAUUAUUCUAGGUAUUGAUAUUUCUCAUGGCUGCAUUUAUCAGGUCCACUUCUGAUUCUGGGGCAGAACAGAUCCAGUCAGAACAAAAGCAUUUUGUUAAUAUAGUUAUAUUUAAAUAAAUCUAUGAAAAAUAUUAUGUUUAUGCCCCACACGGUUUCUCGCUGUGGGUAGUCCAGCCACAUGGAAAUUAUCGGAAGGAUGUUUCCACCCUAAUCCAAUUUCUUCUUCAACCCAGUUUGUAUGCUUUUCACUGGACGCAAGUUUGUGAAGGGUUAGAGGAUUGAAAAUAAAAAUAAAAAAUCUGAGGUUCGUUUGUACCUCAUGUUUAGGUAAA